AAUUUUUUGUUUAAACACAGAGAUUUGAACUCUUCGCUGUCUUUUAGCCAUGACUGAUUGACAGGCCACUGGGCUGUAAGAAAGAUUAAUCCUCAGGACAUAGGAUGCAGCAGAUACACAAUGAAUCCACUCGAGUCUGUUCAAUUCAGAAGAAAACUGCUCUUUUCUGCCACUAAAAACUUGAUCUCAAGUCGUAGUUGUGGACUCAUUCCACCACAAUCAGUGGUUCAACCUGAUCCAUGGAACAUAAAAGCCCCUGACUUCACCCCCAAGUUGUACAGAUCUUUGAGUUUACCACGGAUCAAGAGAAAAAACCUGCACCUUUUUAAAACAAAAAGUAGUUUGGAUGAAAAAUCCUUCAUCUUGGAAAAGGUUAAUAAAGUGACUCCUUUAAUGUUGCCUGGACUUGAGCAGAAGAGACAUAAAACACACCCAUUUAACACAUGCUACAAACCACCCGGCUCAACAGAGUCAAAGCUGCAGUUUGUGAGAACAGGGAAGUACCCUAUGGGGCCUUACAAAAAUCCAAAGCCUCACAACUUUAGACCUUGUGCUGAGGGCAUGCAUGAUAUGGUGACCUCUUUGGAAAAGGGCCCAGGAUGUUUGAUCUUUAAGUCACAGUACCUUAGACCAGACACUGGAAGCCAACCUGACCUGAACCCUUCUGAGCGAGACAAAGUAUGUAAAAUUGACACUUUCAAACCCGCAGAGCUUAAAUGGGACCCAAGGUUGAUACUACCAAAGACGACAUGGCCAACAAAAUCUGCAUCUUAUACAAGACAUCGGCGCAGAAGAGGAGUGUAUAGUGCCUUUAUGGAUCGAGUUGAAGAAAAGUUGACCAACUCCUUGAGGAAAUGAACCUGUUAUGACACAUAAUACAUUAUUUUGUGCUCUGUCAUAGCAAAAAGGCUCUAAAAAAGCCUAACAAUAAUGCUUCAGGAGACCUCCUCAUGAUCCUAAGAUGAUUAGAACACACUAAAGAAAUUGU